ACCCGCCCCCUCCCCGCAGAGCGACUCUUCCCCUCCUCCCGCAAAGUCGACGGAAGAAAAAAGAAAACUUCAGACUCUCCAGCCGCCGUUUUGCGCCCGUCGGUCCGCUGUGUUGCGGGUGAUGCGGUGAGGGGAAAGCGGCAGACGUCGCGCCGGCAUGUGAACGCUUUUUUUCGGCCGUUGAAUUUCGAGACGUGAGCGCGGAGGUUCACCACCCGAGCUCCUGCUGGUUGAAGCGUGCCUGUUGGACUCAGUCAUGGCUCGCGGGUGCAUCUGCUGCGUUAAAUACAUGCUCUUCCUCUUCAACCUGCUCUUCUGGCUGGGUGGGUGUGGCUUGUUGGGUGUGGGCGUGUGGUUGUCGGUGUCUCAGGGCAGCUUCGCCACCCUGUCGCCCUCCUUCCCGUCGCUCUCCGCCGCCAACCUCAUCAUCACCUUGGGCACUGUCGUCAUGGUGACUGGAUUCCUGGGCUGCCUGGGCGCCAUCAAGGAGAACAAGUGCCUGCUGCUGAGCUUUUUCAUCGUUCUGUUGAUCAUCCUCUUGGCCGAACUCAUCCUCCUCAUCCUGUUCUUUGUCUACACCGACCAGGUGAGCGAAAACGCCCGACGGGACCUGAAAGAGGGGCUCGUGCUGUACAACACGGACGAAAACGCCGGGCUGAGGGAGGCGUGGAACGCCAUCCAGGGAGAGUGGAGGUGCUGCGGUGUGAGCAACCACAACGACUGGUACUCGGCCCUGCAUGACAACGUGGUGCCCGACCGCUGCUGCCAGCAGGUUUUCCCGGGAUGCGGACGCAACGCCUCCAAUACCUUCUGGACGCGGGGAUGCUACGAGAAGGUGGAGGAGUGGCUGGAUGACCACAAACACCUUCUGGGGACCAUCGCCAUGUGUGUGUUGGUAAUACAGCUCCUCGGGAUGGCGUUCUCCAUGACGCUUUACCAGCAGAUCCACCGAGCAGGGAAGAAGUACGAAGCCUGACGAUUAUCUUAUCAUUUCAAAUAGUUACCGUCAGUUACAUAAAAUGCAUCACUCGGUUCAUUGUAAAGAAGAAGCCUAAUAUGUGUGCCACUACAGCCGUUUUUUUAUCUGCCCGCUUUUGAAAAUAAUCAUUCUCAUGCAUGUUAUGUGAGAUAUUUGUAAUGGACGAGAGGAGCAUAUUUUUAACUUUGUUAAAAACCAAGUCGCUGGAGUAAAAUAUAAUGUAUGGAUCCAUUUAGGAAAAGGAACCUGUUCAAUAAAAGCACUCUUCACAAAUGUGA